AUGGACAAUUCUCUCGUAGGCGACAUUGAGGUGGGCGGCAAUGGCGAUGCCUUCCUCGCCAUGUAUACUCCGCGUACUCAUCGCGGAUUGCCCCCCGCCCCGCCGCCGCGCCAGUCGUACUUGUGGCCGGCCGACCGCGCGCUCCACGUGUCCCCCGCCCGGGAGCCGAACCAAAUUGAGCUGCACGGCCGCGUCCGCGAGCAGUCGACUUCGGCCUUGAGAUCAUCCAAGGGGAUGUUACGCCGCGCCAUGGUCUCGAGCCAGCAGAUGGAACAAUUUGAACCCGACGCCGCCGACUGCCAAACCGCCGCUGCCCUUAUUCGCGACGUGUUUUCUCACCGGCCACAGCUUGGCUCGAGCGUCGGCCUGGCACUCCCCGGCUCUGAUUUCGGAACGCUCAGAUUUUAG